UUUAUAUCGCUAUGAGGACUCCCCAAAAAUCUAGGGAAAAAUGUUACUAAAACAUAAAAAGAGUUUCACGUGUGCACAUGAAAAGUGUUAGUGUAAGCUGGAGUCGAAGGGGAGAUUAACACAAAAAAAAGUAAGAAAAAAUAAAAGGCGAAAAGUUGUAAAAUAUAAUAAGACCGCGAACCAAAAACACCCAGCAGAGGAUAUAUGCUAAAGAAGUUUCAAGAAGUGACUCGUUUAAGAUGAACCAGCUGUGCAAAGUAUGCGGCGAACCAGCGGCUGGCUUUCAUUUUGGUGCUUUUACAUGUGAAGGCUGCAAGUCGUUUUUUGGCCGCACUUAUAAUAAUAUUGCAGCGAUUGCCGGUUGUAAGAAUAACGGAGACUGCGUGAUUAAUAAAAAGAAUCGUACUGCUUGUAAGGCAUGCCGUUUACGUAAAUGUCUGCUGGUGGGAAUGUCGAAAAGUGGUUCACGGUAUGGCCGCAGAUCGAAUUGGUUUAAAAUUCAUUGUUUGCUGCAAGAACAACACACCAGUGGAAGUUCAGCCAGCAGUGGGGCUAGCAGCGGUGGUGGUGGUGGUGGUAGUACAAAUCCAACAAAUGCGAAUAGCUUAGAACAAUUGGCCCGAUUACAUCAAAUACAUGCCCGCCAAACAUAUCAAGACAAAACGAAUCCAUGCAUAAAGUCAGCAGUCAAUGUAUCCAAUAUAGCAGCAGCAGCGGCCGCAGCUGCUUUAAAUAUACCAGGAAAUUCUUGUGCAACGUCUACAACAGCAACGGAUUUAACGAAUUUUCUGAACGCUUCUGCCAAAUUUGUAAAUGGCAAUGCCGAUAAUCCUGUCAAUGCCAGUGAAAUGCCAAAAUCCCGCCUUAGUGAUACGCCCAGUGAUUCGGGCGCAUCCUCAGCCGGCGAUCCUACAGAUGAGUGCACUAGCAAUACUAGCACAAGGCCACCGUUAUUACUGCAUUCAGAACGUAAUUGCAACUCGGCCCAUCAAGCAUUGGAAUUAAGUACCAACGGUGAUGAGGCAUGCGAUGGCGAUGAACGUGAACGCAAGCGACAACAAUUUCUACAAAUAUUUCGUAGUCAUUCCGAACCGUUAAGAAGUCCUUUUGUAUCAUUUGCCUUAAGUCUACCGCCUCCGUUAUUAGCAGGUACUCCACCCACUUAUUUACAACCCGCCUAUAAAAUUGAAAAGAAUUCAACAAAACCAGAAGGUAUUCAAGAUGAGCCCAUAGAUUUAUCAAUAAAAUCGAAACUGAAUGAAGAUCAGAUAUCGUCUUUGAAGACUUCUGAAACGGUUAUUAAAGCCGAAGGAGUCAUAAGUAAGGCAACAACACCUUUGGACUUGACAUUGGUACGAACCACUCCCACAUUGACCGGAUGA